GGCUUGUAACGCAUGGUGCAACCUCUGACAAAAACUUCGUGUUACAGACAGAUUGGCGAUAUAUUCAGUAAUAUUGACAAUUAUUUAACUGUUAUCAAUUGUUAUAUAGUGUCUAUUUAAACUACUGUUAUACAAGAAGACCCAUCAGAGUCCCGGUACAGGAUUCCGCGAAUCGACUAUGUCGGAGCUGGACAAACCUCUUUUCCGAGAUCUGCAAGCAGAUGAUGACGAUCCAGAGGUUACGGAGAUCGAGAGUUUGUGUCUCCAUUGUCGGGAAAAUGGAACAACACGACUUUUCCUGACAAAGAUCCCAUUUUUCCGUGAAGUAAUAUUGUCCUCCUUUGAAUGUGGUCACUGUGGAAUGAAAAAUUGUGAAUUGCAGCCAGGUGGUGCAAUUCAGGAUCAUGGGGUCACUUACACAUUGGAGGUCAAGGAGGAACAGGAUCUGAAUAGACAAAUUGUGCAGACAGAAAAGGCCACUGUGUCAAUUCCAAGCUUGGAGUUUGAGGCUCCACCGAGCAAAGGAGUACUGACAACUGUUGAGGGGAUUAUAGAUGGUGCAGUGAGUGGUUUAGCCCUAGACCAGCCGACACGAAUGGAGCAGUGUCCUGAGAUCGCAGCCAAAAUCAAUGACGUUAUAUUGAAACUGACCAUGUUGAAGACCGUAGAGAAACCAUUUACAGUGGUCGUGGAUGAUCCCACAGGAAACAGCUUCGUGGAGAACCCUCAUGCUCCGAAGUCUGACCCUAACACAGUGGUCAAGCACUACACCAGAACAUCUGACCAGGAUACUGCCCUUGGAAUAAUGGAGGAAGAGAAAGAAGAUGACACACCAGGGGCAAAGGAGGAGGUGAUGACAUUUAACACGAACUGCCCACAGUGUAGUUCUCCAUGUAGUACACACAUGAAGAUGGUCGAAAUUCCUCAUUUCAAAGAGGUCAUAAUCAUGGCCACCAACUGUGAUGUAUGUGGUGCCCGUAGCAACGAGGUGAAAAGCGCAUCAGGCAUCGAGCCGAAGGGCUGCAGGAUCAAACUGAAAAUCACUGAUCCCAUAGACAUGUCACGGGAUGUUCUGAAGAGUGAGACCAGCAGUAUUGCCAUUCCUGAAAUGGAGUUUGAAUCGGACUUUGGAACACUGGGAGGAAAAUUUACAACACUUGAGGGAUUAAUUCAGAAUGUCAAGGACCAUUUAAAUGGACCAAAUUCGUUCAUGCAAGGGGACAGUUCAGCACCAGAAAAGAAAUCAAAACUUCAGAUGUUUUGUAAUCAGUUAGAUAAGGUAAUAAAUGGGGAGAUGAUGGGUAUUCACUUCGUUCUUGACGAUCCUGCCGGAAACAGCUAUCUACAGAAUGUAUACGCCCCAGACGAGGACCCCGAGCUAGAAAUAGUUCAUUACGAAAGGAAUUACGACCAGAAUGAGGUUCUCGGCCUGAAUGACAUGAAAACAGAGGGAUAUCAGGAGUCAUGACAUCCCCUAAUGUCCAAGAGACUGAUAACAAUCUUUGACAACAAAGAUUAGGCUACAUCUGUGAUCUUUGUACAUUGCCUGAUUCUUGAUACAAUUGGAAUUUUAGUGUUUGUGACAAUAUGUGAUUAUUAUAUAUACAGUACAUUCCAGUUAAUCGGGUAACGCUUAAUCAGGUAUUUCGUUUAAUUGGGUAAAAUUUCAAAAACCAAAACCAUUUUCUCUUAAAUCAUGUUAAAAAAAUUCGUUUAAUUGGGUUGGAAAAGUCAUAUUUUUCGGUUAUUCGAAUAGAACAAUUGGACAAAAAAAUUUAGAAAUGCUACGAUUUUCACGAAAGUGUUUUAAGUUUUAGACAUUUAUCAACAAAUAGGGUAAUUUAGAUGGUUAAAAUGUCAAAAAAUGGUAAAAUAUUACCUUUAACGAUAAUGUUAUGUCGGGGUUUUGUCAUGUUCAGAACUGUGUUGUUGUUAAUUCUGCCUCGUGGGGUUUUUCCCCAACAGGAAGUCGAUUAAGAAUUGUGGGUAAAAUUAAAUGUUAUUUUUAGAGUCAGCAGCAGGCCAACGUAAUGGGGGUUUAAAAACCCAAUUAAGCGGAAUGCACUGUAUAUCAUUAUUGUAAAACACUUUCCUGAGGUUGGAAAGUAUGUUUGUGAAGAGAUUUUCAUAUCACUCAGCUAGUAUGGGAUUUUAUGAAUACCAGAAAAAUACCAAAAUUGUCAUGAAAUUUCUACAUCAGAACAAAAAAGGGACUCUCACAAAUACAUGAUACAGUGUUUUUUAACUGAAUCAAUUCAUGCUGUACACUAUUUAUUAGAGCUGUGUAUCACAAGUUGAGUAGCGAUAUGAUUUGUAUCACGAUAUAGGGGUCACGCUACGAUACUUAUCACAAUAUAUGAGAAGCUGAUGACCUAUCAGAUAUCUGAUAUUCGAUCAUACAGUUGUCAUGUUUUGUUUGUGGUAUUUAAGGAAUAUUUGAAUUUUUUGUCUUCAUUUGUUUCAAAAGGCGUAUGUUUGUCUAUUUCCCUCAAAGUAUUCUUGAAUUUAGAUAAUUUGGAUUUGAAAGAACUCCAACAGGCAGCUUUAUAAGCUGCUGUAAUUGUCAGCCAUGUUGGUUACUACAGCUAACGUUGGUCAAGGGAGAUAACUAAAAAAUUUCAAGUAUUGCGAUACAAAUCAAGGAUAGAUGAUGCACCAAUGCACCACUCUGUGAUCCAAUAUGCAUCGGUGAAUCGUUACACCGCUAUUAUUAACCAUUUCAGUAUAAAUAAGAAUAUAAUGUUAGAUGGAAAGACCUGUUGACUUGAUUGGAAUCUCCUACACUUAACACCUCUGUGUACAUAUAAAGUUAUUAUGUAAAGGAAAGACCUGUUGACUUGAUUAACUUAACAUCUCCGUGUACAUUUGUCAUUGGGUAGACAAUCGUGACAGUGUCUGUAAUGUCACACAAAAAUACUGUUAGACUUCAUAUGUGAGUAUGACAUAUACAGAUAUUCUUGAGAAGGGGACACUAUUUUUAAAGUACAGUUUAUCACAUUUUAUGAAAGAUUUUUAGGUCAUCUGACCCGAAGGGUCCGGCGUGCGUAAACUUUUCACAUUUCAAACUUCUUCUUAAAUUCCACCAGUGGGAUUGAGCUGAAACUUGCCUGAAAUGAUGCUGGGAUGGUCCUGACCAAGUGUUGUUAUUUUUCAGGUCGGUCAGAAAUCCAAGAUGGCCGCCAUGGCAGCCAUCUUGAAAACACAUUUUAAACUUCUUCUCCAGUUCCUGACCAAGUGUUGUUAUUUUUCGGCCUCGUAAAAACUUUGACAUGGCAGCCAUGGCGGCCAUUUUGUAACAUGAUUGCGCAAUCAUGGUUUUCCUGAACAACACAUAUUUCAAACUUCUUCUCAAAUUCCACCAGUGGGAUUCAGCUCUAACUUACCAGGAAUGGUCCUGAGAUAGUCGUGAUCAAGUGUUGUUAUUUUUUGGUUUGGUCUAAAUUCCAAGAUGGUCACCAUGGCAAACAUUGCCACUAUACUCGCUACAGAGAAUGCAUACUACAAUAGUAUAAGGGUCUUUAAUUUAGAGUCAGAUGACCGUUAAGGCCCUUUGGCCUCUUGUUUCUCAUACUUGGCUUUUCUAUCACAGUGUUAACUACAUUGUACCAUGCAUUCCUACAUUCAGACCCUUCCCCAUUUUGAAAAUUCUCAACAUAUAAUGCAUUGUUUCAAGAAAACCGUGACUGGAAAUGUGAAUUCUCAAUACAUGAAAAUAGCAACCUAUGGUUGCAAAAGAAUUUUGAAGGCUU